AUGUUGGAGUUUCUCAAAUACCUGGAAGAAGAUUAUUUUAUAGAAACACUGAGAGAACAUGAACGUUUAACUUAUGCUGAACUUCCAUUCGAUGUGACGAAUUUAGUUCAAGUUGCGUCAAAAGGUUUGAUCUGGAAUAAAAGGUUUUCACCUGAACAAAUGAUGAAUGAAAAAAAAAGAAUAAUUCAUCAAGCAGACAAGUUUUGUGAAAUGCCAGGAGAUAAUACAAAGAUGACGAACAACUCGCAAUGUUUCUACUGCAUCCGACAUGUACUCAAUAUUUAG